AUGGUGAAUGAGGGGUUGUUGAGGGGCGAGGGUGAGGUCGGUGUCGGUAUGCUGAUGCUCCUCGCAGGAGGGGAGGAGCAGAGUCAAGGUGACGGGCAAGGAAAACCAAGCUUGGAAGUGAGUGCUGACGAGGCGUAACUUAUGCCGAUGUCGUGCUUCAGGCCCAAGUACGGAGGUACUCAGUAUGUAUAAAGUACCAGUAAUAGGUACAAGCACCAAAUACGCCUCUUCAGCACAUUUCAAAGCCACUUGAGAGUCUAGCCCUCUUCAGCCCAAAUUCGCUCAUCCAGAAGAGGAUCUGGUCUGGCCGUGCAAAACUCGUCAGAGGUCACUGA